CAUCGGGCUUAGGCAUGCUCCGCUGAACACCCUUCACGCAAAAUCACCCUUCUCUUUUGUAGAUCUGCACUUCUCCCCUUGUCCAGCGUUCUAGUGUCCUGCCUCCUUUGAGCAGGAGGUCCGUUCUCAUCAGUGCAGCUCAUGAAGUGAAGACAAUCUAUGCACAACGGGCCAACUUUCCAAAGUCAACAAGUUGUGAAGUUCUUUAGACAGUUCAAUGCCUCCUUGGAGUAGGGGCCCCCGUGCCCCAGGCGACGACGAGAGUGACGAAGAGGAGCGCUUCCGCCCGGCAGUUUUUGAGACUGAGCGCCAAAGAGCGCCACAGAAGGAUGGUGACAGCGAGGAGUGGUGGACAUGGAUCGCUUCCCAUCCGCAUCCGCUGUGCAACAUCAUUUCGAUCGCUCUCCUCCUCCUGGUUGUUCUCACGGCCUUCAUCGCAGUCACUGCCCCUCCGCCCCCACCACUUGAAGUCCCAGACAGCGGUCUCUGGCACGACACAGUGCAGCGCAUGGUCACCUCAGACAUCGGCGUUGUUGCUGCUGACGAGAGCCGGUGUUCUGCAAUUGGGAGAGACGUUUUGGCGGAGGGGGGAACAGCGGUGGAUGCCGCGGUUGCCACUGCUCUUUGUUUGGGAGUGGUUCGGCCGGAGGCGAGCGGAGUGGGCGGGGGAGCCUUUAUGCUUAUUAGGAACGCGAACGGCAGUGCGGAAGUCAUCGACAUGCGCGAGGAAGCACCAUCGAGGGCCUCCCAGGACAUGUACAAAGGUGAUCCCCAGAAAGCGGUGGACGGGGGCCUGGCGGUGGCGGUCCCCGGGGAGUUGGCCGGGCUGUAUUUGGCGUGGCAGCGGCACGGCCGGUUGAAGUGGGCCCGGUUGGUGGAGCCGGCGAUCAAACUCGCAGAGGGCGGCUUCGAGGUCGAGGGCUUUCUCGCGGCGUCUAUAGCAGAAUACGGGUCCACUAUUCUCUCGAACCCGGGGAUGGCUCAGCUCUUUGCUCCCGACGGAGUCCUUCUACAGAAAGGGGACGUUGCAUACCGGAAAACGCUCGCACAGACGCUUAGGCGGGUAGCAGACGAGACGCCGUCGGUUCUGCACACGGGGGGUCUGGCCGCGAAACUAGCUGCGGACGUCCGAGCCGCGGGGGGCAUCAUGACGGCUGCGGAUCUGGCGAGCUACCGUCCGCGGAUAAGGGAGCCGCUCCGGACAAUGGAGAUGGGUUACGAAGUUUUGGGCGCUCCCCCGCCGUCGUCUGGCGGCGCUACCGUCAUUCAAAUUUUGAAGACGCUCUCUGCUUUCGACAUGCCUCUGGCCGCCUUGGGGGCGCUAGGGACGCACUGGAUCGCAGAGGCGUUCAAGCACGCCUUUGCGAUGCGGAUGUCUUUGGGGGAUCCCGAGUUCGUCGACGUCACAGCCGUGCUGGCUGACAUGCUCUCGUCCGACUUCGCGGCGCAAGUCCGGGCCAACAUUUCGGACGAUCGGACGUUUCCGCCCGAGUACUACGGCGGCAAGUGGAGCCAGCUGGACGACCACGGGACAAGCCACGUGUCCAUAGUGGACAGUGAACGGAACGCGGUUGCGCUAACCACGACCAUAAACACCGGGUUCGGCUCCAAGGUCGUGUCUCCGUCCACGGGGAUUAUCCUCAACAACGAGAUGGACGACUUCUCCAUUCCGGACACUCGAAACUCCUUCGGACUUGCGCCGUCCGAAGCCAACUUCAUCCGUCCGGGAAAGCGACCGCUCUCUUCUAUGAGCCCAACGAUCGUUGUGCAUAACGGGGUCGUGAGAAUGGUGGCAGGCGCGAGCGGGGGUCCGCGAAUCAUCACAGGGACGGCUCAGGUACUUCUGAAUUUCUUGGCGGGAGGAAAGGACCCCCUCGCGGCGGUGGUUGCACCACGAAUACACCAUCAGUUGAUUCCGGACGAGAUUGCUUACGAAACCCUGGACCUGAUCAACGGCCAGCUCAUCGAGUUGCCGCCGGACGUCCGGAACGCCCUUCUCCGGCGCGGACACAAGCUCGUACCGACCACUUUUGGAUCCGUAUGCCAGGUGGUGGUUCAUGACCUGGAGGUCCCGGUUACCAAGUUUGGUGUGGUCAAGCCCAUGCUCGGACGAUGGCUCGGCCCGCUCACUGCCGUGAGCGACCCCCGGAAGGACGGGGCACCCGCCGGCGUGUGAAUCAGCGUGUUGCGUGUGAAGUUAUCCAGGAACUUCUGCGCAUAUUUUCACACGUCAACCAGUCCUCGAAGAACCUGAUAUAUUGGAACCAUGAUGCGCGCUCGAUUAUCAUGAUACAAAAAACAUGAGGAACGGUUGGAUGAGUCAUAGAUCGUUGACGAUCACAUCACAUUCGUCUAAGAUUUGACAGAAAGUAGAAUGAUCAGCGUUCCUCGAUCAUGUGCUCUGAUCAUAUUCGCGGCGCGCAGCUGUGCUGGAAUCAAAUUGCCGCACUGAGCAUUAGAAUUCAAAGUAUUUAGGGGCUCACUGAGUAACCUUCUCAUAAGUUGAUCGGACCUGGACAGUGUUGACUGCGAUCGGAGCUUGAGGCUUCCAAC